AUGGCGCAACCAGAACUCGACCUAUCCAAAGCCCCAGCCCACUGGGGCAUGAACUUUACGGAGACCACCCACCAGCAACCAAGCCGCCGCAUCGAUCCUUCCAAUGUGACAUUCCCGCAGGGCUACACUGUCGUGGUUAUUGGCGCAGGAAAAGGAAUCGGAGAGCAUAUCGCCAAAGCGUACGUCCAGGCCAGAGCAGAAAAUAUCGUUAUCACCUCACGAACUGGUUCCGACCUGGAUCGAGUCAAGAAGGAACUGGAAACAUUAGCCCAACAAACUGGUCAAGCCGUCAAGGUAUCCACGCUAGUGCAGGAUGCCACCAAGCCAGAAAGCUACACCAAACUGAAAGACCUACUCGAAGAAGGCUUCAACGGCCGUCUCGACACACUAGUCUUCUGUGCUGGGGGUGGACCUGUUGGAACCCUCUGGACCCCACACAUCGACGAGACAGACGUAGACGAAUGGAACGAGUCCAUUGCGCUCAACUUCACGGGCUCAUAUUACGCAGCUAAGUAUCUCGUUCCGCUGAUGCUUCGUCCACAGAGUCAUGGGAAGACGAUCGUCAAUAUCACCUCCGCUGCUUCGCACUUCACGGGUGGAAAUAUAACACCUGCUUCAUACUCGAUUGGCAAAUUGGCGCUCAAUCGGUUCACCCAAAUUCUGGGAGAAAAUUAUGCUGAUCAGGGUCUUGUGGUUGUUGCCGUACAUCCGGGCUCGUCGCCCACGCCGGGAGCGUUGGGGUCCAUGCCUCCGAGUUUGCACAAUAUCUUGACCGAUGACCAAGGGCUAUGUGGAGCCGUCUGUGUGUGGAUUUCGAAGGAGAAGAGAGAUUGGAUUAGCGGAAGGUAUAUUUGUGCCACAUGGGAUAUGGAUGACCUGGAAAGUAAGAAGGAGGAGAUUGUCAAGGAGGAUAAGUUGAAGUGGAGGAUGGCAGUUUGA